AUGGGCUCCAUCGACCACCUGGAUAAGAGCCGCCUCAACGGCGGCGCUCGUAACGGGCACGGAGUCCACAUCUCGGACGCCGUAAUGGACUACGAGGCGCUCAUCAUCGGCGGCGGCUUCGGCGGCGUCUACGCCCUACACCAGCUCCGCAAGCACGGCUUCCGCGCCCACGUCCUCGAGGCCGGCGCCGCCCUCGGCGGCGUCUGGCACUGGAACAGCUACCCGGGUGCCCGCGUCGACUCCGAGGCGCCAUACUACCAGUUCUCUGUCAAGGAGGUCUGGAAGGACUGGACCUGGUCGCAGCGGUUCCCCUCGCACGACGAGAUCAAGCGGUACUUUAAUCACGUCGACCAGGUGCUCGACAUCUCGAAGGACGUGAGCUACAACACGGUUGUGGUCGGGGCCGACUUCGAUGAGGCCGAGGGGCUGUGGCGGGUGCAGACGGCCGGGGGCCGGACUAUCACGGCGAGGUUCCUGAUUCCGGCGACGGGGAGCUCUCAUAAACGUUACGAGCCCAACUUCGAGAACAUGGAAGCGUUUUCCGGGACGGUCGUGCACUCGGCGUCGUGGCCCGAGGAGGAGAUCGACUUCCGGAGCAAGCGGGUCGCCGUGAUCGGGGCCGGCGCGACGGGUGUGCAGCUCGUGCAGGAGAUCGCCAAGAAGCAGGGCGUCGAGCUGACGGUAUACAUCCGCAACCCCAACAUCGCGCUCCCGAUGCGGCAGCGGGACGUGACGGAGCUCGAGCAGGCCGCGUCCAAGUCCGUGUACGGGCUCCUCUUCAAGGCGGCGAGGGACAGCGUGUUCGGGAUCCCGUGCGACGGGACGACGAAGGCGGCGAUGCAGACGGCGGCGGAGGAGCGGCUGGCGUACUGGGAGGAGCUGUGGCAGCGCGGGGCGUUCAACUUCCAAGCGGGGAAUUACGUCGAUUUUCUGGUGGACGAGAGGGCGAACCGGAUGAUGUAUGAGUUCUGGGCCGGGAAGACGGGGCCGAGGGUCCGGGACCCGGAGAAGAGGGCCGUCGUGGUCCCUGAGGAGCCGCCGUAUCCUUUCGCCACGAAGCGGAGCAGUCUGGAACAGGACUACUAUGAGUGUCUUGAUCGGGAUAAUGUCAAGGUCGUAAACUUGAAGGGGAAUCCCAUCCGCGGGUUUACGCCGAGAGGCAUCGUGACGGAAGAUGGGACGGAGAGAGAGCACGACAUCAUUGUGCUUGCGACGGGAUACGAUAACUGCACGGGCAGUCUGACCAGCAUGGGGUUGAGGGGGAAAGACGGCAUCGACAUGAAGGAGAGGUGGAAGAAGGGCGUGUGGACAUACCUCGGGCUGAUGGUCAGGGGAUGCCCGAACAUGUUCAUGAUUUACGGACCACAAGCGCCAACGGCCCUGACCAACGCCCCGCCCUUCAUCGAGCAGCAAGUCGAGUUCAUCGCGGAGUUCAUGGCCAAGCUCCGCAAAGAGGGCGUCAAGUCGAUCGAGCCGCGCCAAUCGGCCACGGAGCAGUGGAAAGAGCUGAUCAUGGCCAUGAACGACGCGACACUGUUCGUCAAGAACGACUCGUCGUGGUACCUGGGUGCCAACAUCCCCGGCAAGCCGCGGGAGCAGCUCAACUACCUCGGCGGCAUCCCGCCGUACAUCAAGGCUUGCCGGGAGGGGACGAGCGACUGGACGAAGUUCGAUGUCACCAGGACGGACGACACUGUUGACGCUGGUGUAGAGGGCAUCGUGCCGAUGAGACAGACUGGGGUAGGGCGAGAGUUGUGCUGA